AUUAUUUCACAAAAUAUAUGAACCAGCACCCGAAUGUUUCACACAACAUAAAGCGCACCUUUUGCACGGGUGCGCACGACACAAUAGAAGGAAGCAGUUUUUUGCGCGUCCAUAAAAUAACUUUACUCAUUACUGUAUUCUAUUUUGUCCCCACCACCAAAUUUAAAACUAAGACUAUUGAGCUCGGAAAAUGACAAAGAGAAGUAUAAUUUGCGAUAUGGUAAGUGGCUUUAAAGCAUCAUCGCCAGCAGUUAAUCAGCAGAGUCAGAUGGACGGUCUAACCGUCUACUUAAAUGGCCAAUCAGACGGCUCGAGUUUUCUGGGCAAGUUGCCUUCAGUGGUGUUGGUAAACAUCUUCAGAUUUGUUGACAACAAAAAUGAGCUGUUAAGGCUUGCCAGUGUGUGUAGAUCUUGGAGGGAUUUGAUUUACACCACGCCUACUUUGUGGAGGAACAUGCACCUUAAACUGUGCUGUGAUUGUAAAUGUUUGAAAACUAAAAACGCUUUCUCGAAUGCUAUACGCUUCGGAAGCCACUUGUAUGAAUUGUCAAUCUCCGUCUGCAAACACCAUGAAUGCCAUCUAAACUCCUGCUCCUUGGCCACCGUUUUCCGGAAAUGUUUGCAAGAUUUACGUCAUCCGACACUGAAGUCAAUAAAAAUAAAUGACAUAGACAUGCGAGAAGCGUCAACUAGAACCACGCCCGGUAUCAGUAAGGAAAUGACGCGUUUGGUGUCCAGACUUGACCGUCUACAAUGUUUCAAGAUGACCAAUGGCCAAUGGCCAAUAGAAGAAGGCAACAAUCUCAUCAACACAGUGCUGACCACGUCCAGAGGAACCCUACAGUCGCUGGACAUAUACAGGUUCUUCCACACACGCUUGUUGGCUGAGAAACCGGUUAAACUUGACCAACUGACCACUGGUAUCUUAUCUCUCACCCGCUUGACGAAACUUGGGAUUGACUAUAUAUUAUUGACUGAUGACUUCGUGACUUCACUGUCUAGAUCACAUGCAGGACAACUGCAGACACUGAAACUUGUCGCGGGUUGGAUUCCUUAUGGAACUACUCUACACCUGAUCUCUAGAAAGGCCUGGGUGAACCUGAAAGAAGCUUGUCCAGCAAUGAAAGUAGCGUUUUAUGUUGACUUCGACAUAUUAGAGGCUUCUGAUUUUGAAAUACUGGACCCCGUGUUGCCCGUCUACAAGAUCAACUUGUUGGAAAGUUUUUACGAACUGGAUGAUGUGUUGGAAUAUAUCGCCGAUAACUUCAGAAAGAGCUUGGUGAAGCUAGAGGGCGACAUAGACAGUGACAAUGUUCCAACUGACGACGUCUUUCUACAGUUUGUUCGGAAAUGUCGACGUUUACGAUGUGUUAACGUAUCUGCCUACUUCCUAAAACCAGAGACAAUAAUACUGCCAUGAAGCUGAUAGGAGACAGAAAGCGAAGACACGACUUGAGAAUGUUACAGGGACAGCCAACCAAACGAACUAAGACAGGACCGGCCAAUGGUCCAUGUUCCAACAUAGCCAAUUAGGCAACAACGAGGAUAUGUUACAACAGAAGGAUGUUUUAACAUUAAUGAGAAAAACUUGAAUUAUUUUAGGAUAACGAUUUUUUAGCCUUCCAUAGAAAGUAACUAGUGAACGUGCCAGACUUAAUAACCCAAUUAUUCCAUAAGGUUUUUCUUAUCGCAGUUUUAUAACAAAACUAUUUACAGUUAAGUAUUCCAUUUUAACAGAUUUUCAAAAUCGUUUUAUAAAAUCUAUAAAU